UCCAAGAUGACCUCCGAGUAUGGAAAGGAAAACUUGGAAAAUUUAGUGAAACUGAAAUUUACUUCCCAAAGAACGAUUUUUCUGAAGAUAAAAUUGUGUAUGUUUUGUAGUGCAGAAGAUACAUCAGCUUGCUUAGAGAAAUUUAUCUGUUUCUUCAAAGUCUUUUCUCAAGAAACCAAUGAUUAAAAGAAUAAUCUGUAUUCCAACAUCUUUCAGAAAAAAAACCUGGCCAUAUCUAAACUUAGGUCAGAAAAUUAAAAUGUUACUUGGUUAGAUGAACUUGAGACAAUCUACCUAUAACUCAAAAUAUGAUUCUUAGUUUUAUCUAAACUAAGAUAAAUAUCCCUCUAACAUUACCAUUUUUAUUUCGAAGAAAAGAGACUACGAACCUUAAUGAUUCAAUGAAGCGUUUAAUGAAAAUUAGAAAACUAUGCAACUUAAUUUCAUUAGCUUUAAAAAUUAAAGAAAAAUAGUCAAUGAUGCAAAAUUUCUUUCGACAAAUAAGCAAGUUGAAUGCUUCUAUUUUGAAAGAUAAGUUUGGUAGAUGUUAAUGUGCUUAUAAUGUUGAACAAAGUAUCAGUUGAAGCUGAGAACUUGGACACUAUCAAUUCAUCAUGGCUAAAUCAUGUCCUAAUAUUGGAGGAGUCACAAAUCUUAAACGAAUCUCUUGCAUAUUGGAAUGCGACUUCAGGCGAAAACUACUCUUCGAGUUGGCAAUCCUUGGAACAUGCUCCUUAAACCUUCUACGUUAAUUAAAGGAGUGGUCCUUCUGAUAUUGGGACUUGCUGCCUUAUUGGGAAACGUGGCAACUCUCAUUUCAAUAACUCGAAGAGGCAGACAGCAUUCUUCGACGGUUUACCUUCUCCUUCUUCAUCUAUCUGUUGCGGACUUAGUAGUGACAGUAUUUUGCAUCGUCGGGGAGGCCUUUUGGACACUAACUGUGCAAUGGUAUGGUGGCGACUUCCUUUGCAAGCUAUUCAAAUUCCUGCAGAUGCUGGGACUUUAUUUAUCCACCUUCAUACUGGUAGUGAUAGGAUUUGACAGACUAUGCGCUAUUCGUUUUCCAAUGAGAAGGAUCAAGGCAAGGAUGAAUGUUCGCAGGGCUAUAGUGGGCGUCUGGGCACUAAGUAGUGUGCUUUCUGCUCCACAGGCAGUUAUCUUCAGAGUGGCUAAGGGUCCUUUCCUGGAAGAAUUCUACCAGUGCGUGACAUAUGGCUUCUACACAGCAGCAUGGCAAGAACAGCUGUAUACAUCCAUCAGCCUCUUUUGCAUGUUUAUUGUGCCUCUGUGUAUCCUCAUCGCAACAUACGCCACAACAUUUGCUACUAUUGUUAAUUCUGGUAAGUGUUCUUACCUCAUUGCCAACCAUUUACAUGUAAGUAAAGCUCGUGUAUUUGGAGGACCUCUGGAAGAUUCCAGACGCAAACUUCUUCGCAAGGCAAAGAUUAAAUCUCUGUGGAUCACUGUAGUAAUCGUAUUGACUUUUAUUGUCUGUUGGACACCUUACUAUAUCAGCAUGGUCAUAUCUGUGUUUCUGGAUCCGGAUGAUCAGCUCGGGCAAGAACUCCACGAUGUCAUAUUUUUCUUCGGUAGUUCCACGGCAGUAUUGAAUCCCAUCAUCUACGGAGCCUUUCAUUUACGGAAAAAUAAUGGAUUGUCCUCGAGUAGUCGAAAUAGCUCCAGACUUGAGACAUCUUUGUCCAUCUUAAGGAAAGUUAGAACUGGGCAAGCAAACAGAAUCCAUGCAGUCCGUGUACAGUUGUUCUAAAUGUUAAGCUAAUGAAAAUCAGUUAAGAUUUUAUAACUAUUUAGUCCUUUCCUCGAUGUAAUUUAUGCAUGAAUGUUUUCGUCCUGACAAUCAGAUAGUUAUUUGGGAGAACAAAAUGGUAAAUUUAAGCAUAAACUAUUGCUAUUAGUUCUGGAGUACAAACAGCUGUAAUUUUUACGGUUAGCUUUCUAGUAUUUGGCAAACGUAAAUUAAACGCAUUCACUAAAUUGUGAUGGUAAAAACUACGAAAUAGAUUUCCCAUCAUUGAGAUUCCCGACCACAUUUUCUUUAACAUUCAGAAACUUUUGAUGUGAAAUUUGAUAUUCUGACAUCUUGUUAACUCAGACAUUCAGUAAAUUUACGUAAGCCUUUCGUGUAAUAGUUACUCUUGCUUGUGAUUCGUUAUAUAGAUGUUAAAAUCAACUGAAUAUCACAGCUAGCUCAUUAAAGCCAAUAACUAAAUUCCUUUUUUACUCAGCUCUCUGGUACUUGCAAUUUGUAGUAAUUUAUAGUCAAAGGCUUCACAGCUGAUUCAGAGGUUAAUUGGAGAUCCAGGUUCCUUUUAGAAAAAUUGCUAUGUUUCGACAUUUCUACACUCUCUUUCAAUUCUUGAAAACGUUUCACAACUAAACCCAAAUAAACUUUCAAUUGCGAAAUUUUGGUUAAUAAAACAAAUUAUAAAUAAAGUCAAAUUAAACUGUAAUAUAAAGCAAUUUCUGUAAGGACAUUGCAUUGCAUGGGUUUAAAAUUGUCACUAAAAUUAAAUAAAUGUCAACCUCAAAACUAUACAAGAUUCUCAAAGUUUUAGUACAUGUAUUGAUAGGUUGUGAUCUUUGUAUGUAACGCUUUGAGUAAACUGAAAUUAUUUAAUUGUAAGUGUGGCUGUUAAUGACCGUUAAAUUCCCAAAGUAGCAUCUUUUAACGUCUUCAGUAGUAAACUGUUUAUAAACUCUUUAGCACCGGAACAACGUUUAGCUAAUGAGAUCCAAGUUACUGGAUUAACUGCAAAGAUAAUAAUGUUUAGUCUUAGAAAAAUGUAAAAGAAAAAAUUGAAAAUAUUCUCCCUCCUAAAACUUUGAAUAGUUUCUUUUAAAAAUCUUUUGAAGCGGUAUUUUGUUUUAGCUUGUAAAAUCCUGCUUUACUUUGUGAAUUCUGGUUUAUGCAAUUUAGAAUUGGAAAUAAUAAUAGAUUUAUGUAUUAGUAAAAUUGCUCUAACAUUUUUUUAUGAAGUCAUCCUUGUAAUUUCAUAACAAAGAAAUUCUUUUGUGGUAGACUCGAAG